CGCUUAUUCCUUCUUUCGUUUGUCUUUCAUAAACAGCUGAACUGAAUAAGCGUAUUUAACUUUAUUGUAAAUACUUCUAACAAUAAAAAUUUAUAUACAUAAUUUGAAGUAUCGUGUUAUUGAGAUAAUUAUUUUUAAAGUGCAAAAUAUAUAAAAUCAACUAACAAAAAUGUCACAAGUUGAAGCAGUGCAAAUAAUUGCGGAGUCUCUAAAAGAGCAGGGUGUAGAAUAUGUCUUCGGUAUUAUCGGUAUACCUGUCAUUGAACUGUCGAUGGCUUUUCAAGUUGCUGGCCUUAAGUACAUUGGAAUGCGUAACGAGCAGUCAGCUUGCUAUGCCGCUCAGGCAAUUGGCUUCUUAACUGGCAAACCUGCUGUAUGUCUUGUUGUUUCUGGACCCGGAUUGCUGCAUGUAACCGGUGGUAUGGCGAAUGCGCAAGUCAAUUGUUGGCCAUUGCUUGUAAUUGGUGGCUCAACCAGUCAGGAUCAUGAAGGUAUUGGCGGCUUUCAAGAGUAUCCGCAAGUGGAAAUUUCACGUCCAUACUGCAAGUAUGCGGCUCGUCCACCAACUGCAUCCCUAAUACCACUGCACGUGGAGAAGGCUGUGCGUUAUGCGACAUACGGACGCCCUGGUGUCUCUUAUCUAGAUUUUCCCGGGAAUUUAUUGCAAUCACGUGUGCAGCAAGACAAGAUCUAUAAAACUUUGCCACAUCCAGUUGCGCCACUGGUGUAUCCGGCACAUGACGAUGUUAUACGUGCCGCCAAUUUGUUGCGCACAGCAAAGCGUCCACUUGUAAUCAUUGGAAAAGGUGCGGCUUACGCACAUGCCGAAAAUAUUUUACGACACUUCAUUGAGAACACCAAUCUGCCCUUCCUGCCGACGCCAAUGGGCAAAGGUGUUGUUUCGGAUACAGCGCCACAAUGCGUCUCCUCUGCGCGUUCGUUGGCAUUGCAAAAGGCAGAUGUCGUGUUGUUGCUGGGUGCACGUCUAAAUUGGAUACUACAUUUCGGCAAGCCACCACGCUACAGUGUCGAUGUCAAAUUCAUCCAAGUCGAUAUUUGCCCAGAAGAAUUGCACAAUUCUGUUCAAGCCUCGAUCGCCAUACAAUCGGACAUUAAGCCGUUCGCUGAACAAAUCUUUGAGCAAAUGAACGCAGUGAAUUUCGAAUUGCCAAAUGACAACCCAUGGUGGGAAGAGCUAGCCGACAAAUGCAAACGCAAUCGUGAACAAGUGCGUAGUAUGGCAUUACAGACUGCCUCGCCACUAAAUUACUAUACCGUUUUUCAUCAUUUGCGUGAGUUGAUACCGCGUGAUGCUAUUAUUGUAAGUGAGGGCGCCAAUACCAUGGACAUUGGACGUACGAUGCUCUUCAACAUACUGCCACGUCAUCGUUUAGAUGCUGGCACCUUUGGCACUAUGGGCGUUGGUCCCGGUUUCGCCAUUGCGGCAGCACUCUAUUGCCGCGAUCGUUACCCUGGCAAGCGUGUAAUAUGCGUGGAAGGUGAUAGUGCUUUCGGCUUUUCCGGCAUGGAAUUGGAGACCAUGGUACGCUACAAGCUGCCAAUUACAAUUGUUAUUGUUAACAAUAACGGUAUAUAUGGUGGCUUCGAUCAGGAAGCAUUCGAUUCCAUUCGUAAUUCCGGCGAUUUGUCACAAGUUACACCACCAUCCGCUUUGGGCGUACAAGUUCGCUAUGAAGAAAUGAUGAAAAUGUUCGGUUUGUCCGGCUACUUCUGCAAGGAGAUACCAGAACUGCAGGCAGCUCUGAAGGAUGCGCAAAAACUGUCCGACAAGCCAACCAUCAUUAAUGUAGCAAUAAAUCCAUCAUCGGAUCGCAAGCCACAGACAUUUAACUGGUUAACUGAGUCGAAAUUGUAAAUUUUCUUUUGCGUAAAUGCGAAUUUCUUUACACAGCGCUAAAUCGUAAACAAUUGCUUUCUUGCAUACACAUACAAUCACUUUAUUUUAUAUUUAUAUAUAUUUAAAGAGCAUUGUUACAAAAGCUGUGAAAAUUAACGGUUCUUUUUAAGCUAUUUUCUGCGCCACUGACAUAAUUACGGGUAGUUGCUAUUUAUAGGAAUGUAAUUCCUUUUUUUAAGAUGAAAUAUGUUUUUUGUGUGUAUGCAUACUUGAAAUAAUAUUCAAAUAUUGGUUGUGGUCACUGUAGUAACAGUGCUCAAGUAUUGGCUUAUUUAGUACAGUUGUAACAUAUGUUUUUUUUCGCACAUUCCAACAAUUAACGCACUUCAGUGUAUGUUUGUGAAUAUGAAUUUGUCCAUUUAUGUGAAGUUGUUUUGAGAUGAUUUUAUGAAUUUAUAUAUAUACGUACAUAUUUAUAUGCAUAUGUGCUUAUUAAAAUUUAUAUACCUUCUUCGAAGUACGAAGUACGAAUUCAA